AUGAUCAUCUAGAUGCUGUACUCUGUACAGAAAAAUUACAAAUUGUAUUUCAAGUCGUAUUUAUUUAGUGAAGACAAAUCCGGAAAUUUGGAAAGAGCGUUCAAUACAUGGUACAACUGGAAGUCGUGGGAAGUCGUAUAGUAACAACAUGUCGCUUGUUUGGAAUCCUUCGAAGAAACAUAAUGAACGGGAGAGAUGGGUAUGCAUUUAUCCAAUAUAUUUAAACAACAAGAGAAGCUUGGCAGAUGGACGAAAGCUAGCCAAGGAUAAGUGUGUGGAGAAUCCAACACAUCAGGAAAUACGGGAUGUCUUGUUGGCUGCGGGUCUCAAUGUAGGCGUCGAGAAUAAGCUACAUCCGAAAGAACGUAGUAAGGAACCUCUAUUCCGUGGUCGUAUUCGGGUGCAGCUGAAAAACGAUGAUGGGACGCCGGUAAAAUCCGAGUUUCCCACUAGAGAUUCUCUGCUGGCGUACGUCGGUACCUCAAUUUCAAAGCUGAAGACUCGCCAGGGUAAGCAGAGUUCUAGCGAGCAAGCAUCGCAGCCAUCUACGUCGACUUCAAAGAAAGGGAAAGGCAAAGGAAGGAGAUAAAGAAGAGGAGAUGGAACUGUUAAGAAUUCUAUGCUUUAUCACAUCAUAUAUAAGACAAAAAUUAAAAUAAUGCUGUAAACGAAGUAUGGAUUUUCGAAAUGGUUUCCACAAACAA